AUGUUCUUUGGCAAAACUGUUGGUAUUGUUGGAACUGGUAGUGUUGGAGUUUUAAAAAGUGAUAUUGUUGCAUUUGAUGUACCAUUGAAUGAAUCAGCCUAUCAUUUAAUUAGUAAAGAAGCUUUAGAUAAAAUGAAACAAGGUGCAAUGUUAAUUAAUACAAGUCAUAGUGGUUUAGUCGAUACAAAGGCUCUUGUUGAGUGUCUUAAAUCAGAAAAAUUGCGAGAAGCUGCACUUGAUGUUAUGGAAGAUGAUACAUUAGCAAGUUUAAUUUCAAUGCCAAAUACAAUUGUUACAUCACAUCGAGCAUUUCUUACCGAAGAAGCAUUAAAAACAAUUGCUGAAUCAAUUGUUCAAAGUUUUCUUAAUUUAUUUUUAAUGAAUUAA